AAACCGUUGCCGGUUCUUUUUUGUUAACCAUCAACAUCAUCAAAAUUUUGUUUUUUAUAAAUUUUCUUUUUCUCUUCUCUCUCCUUCUUUCCUACAAUAAUUAUUAUUAUGGAUAAGUUUUCGCUUAAAAUAUAUUAACUAUUAUUACUAUUGGUUUACCAUGUAAAACUUUGUGACCUCAACAGGAGGAAUUUUGUUAAUUUUUUCUGAUUGUGUUUAAACCAAAACAAUUAAUUCUCCUCGUAUUGUUUCCUGGGUGUUUCCAUUAACCUUUUGUUCAUUUACUAAAAAAAACUGAAACCUUUUUCUUUCCUUUUUUUGUUAGCAAACUUCCUUGUAACGCUUUUAUAAACUCCGUCAAAAUAAUCAUAAUCAUCAUCAUCAUCAACAACAUCAUCACCAUCAUCAUAAUUAUCAUCAUCAACACAUUCCAUUUCUUUUUUUCUCUUUCUCUCCCCCAAUUAUUUAUAUAUAUUUAUCCUCAUCUUGAAAAAAGAAAUUCUCUUCUCUCUCUCUCUCUUCUUCUUCUUCUUCUUCUUCUUCUUCUGAUACUUUUAUCAUGUUUUUUAAGUUAUUUUUCUUCUCUCUCAUUUGUAAUUCUCUUCUCUAUCUAUCAUCAGCAUGUACUGACAAAGAAUGGUUAUGUCCUAGUGAUAAAAUUUGUAUUCCAAGAGAAAAACUUUGCGAUGGUAAAGCCGAUUGUUCAGAUGAAUCCGAUGAAAAGUCAGCCUGCUCAUCCAAACUUUGUGCCACCCUUUUCUGUCAAUAUGGAUGUAAUGCUUCAGCUGAUGGUGGUAUUUGCCAUUGUCCAAUUGGAAUGACCCUUGACCCAAAGGAUAAUGAAAGUUGCACCGAUCUAAAUGAAUGUAAUGAAUGGGGUUAUUGUGAUCAAUUAUGUACCAAUACAAUGGGAGGUUAUAAUUGCUCCUGUUCAACAGGUUAUACAUUAGAUGGUAAUCGCCAUUGUAAGGCCAUUAAUUCAUCUUCAAUGAUCCUUUUAUUUGCACAUCAUACAACCAUAUAUUCAACAAAUUCAAUUGGAUCAAAAUUAGAUGUAAUUGUUAAUUCAACAACAGCAAGUGGAUUAGAUUAUCAUUUUGACAAGAAACUUUUAUUCUGGUCUGAUACCUCAACUAAAACAAUCUACUCGAUCAAUUUAGAUGAAAGAAUUGCAAGUAACAACAACAACAAUAAUGCUUAUGUUAAUUUUACCACAACACCACCACCACCACCACCAUCAUCAUCAUCAUCAUCACCAUCUUCCUCAUCUUCCUCAUCUUUAUCACCUUCAUCAUCUCCAUCGCUUCCAUCCAUUACACCUUUAGUUAACAUCUCUGUACCUUACCAAUGGAAUCCAGUAUCGUUGGCUAUUGACUGGAUAACAAAUAAAAUCUAUGUCUGUGAUAUUCACAAUCAAAAAAUUGAUAUUUUCGAUCUGGAAGGUAAAACCAGUGCAAUUGUUUUAAGUCAAAAUAUUACCGCUCCAUUGGAUAUAGCACUUGAUCCAACCCAGGGUUACAUGUUUUUCACUGAUUCCGAUAAUAUUGAUCGUGCCUUCAUGGAUGGUUCCCAGCGUAAAACCAUUGUCUCUGCAUAUAUUUAUAAAGCAUCCGGAUUAACCUUGGAUUAUGUUAAUCGUCGUCUUGUCUGGUGUGAUUCACAAUUAGAUCAGAUUGUUAUUGUUGAUUAUGAGGGUAACAAUCGUCAUACAGUUUUAAGAGGUUCAACCAAAGUUCCAGCACCAGUACGGAUUACCCUUUUUGAGGAUACAAUCUAUUGGACAGAUUCAACUCGCCAAGGUAUUUUAAAGGUUAACCUUUAUAAUACCAGUCAACCCAUUGAGACAAUUUACCGUGAGAAAACAACACCCGAACCUAAAGGUGUUAUCUCAUAUCAUUACCUGAGACAACCUUCUACCGAUAAUCCAUGUGGCAAUAGGAAUGGUGGAUGUCAACAUAUGUGUAUUCUUACCCGAAUUGAGAGAGAUUCAAAGGACGAUUUUACUCUUGGCUAUAGGUGUGCCUGUGAAACCGGUUAUGAGUUGGCACCUAACCAGAAAUCAUGUACACCGGUUAAAGAGUUUCUACUUUACUCACAGCAGAAAUUUGUUCAUGGAAUAUUGAUUAAAGAUUCUGGUUACAAUUACCAAUCAUCAUCUUCUUCAUCUGAUGCCUUCUCUGAUGCCAUUGUACCGAUUGUUGGUCGAUCAGCACGUUAUGUUGGUCUUGACUAUUCUUUCCAAUCACAGUAUAUUUACUAUUCUGAUGUUAUACUUGAUGUUAUUUAUAAGAUUAAGGUUGAUGGAAGUGGUAAAGAAAAUGUACUCGCCUCACAAAAUGAAGGUGUUGAAGGUUUAGCGCUUGAUUGGGUUACCAAUAAUCUUUAUUAUAUUGAUUCGAGAAAGGGUACACUUAACGUUCUUAACACUGGUAAUCCAACUUAUCGACGAACUUUAUUGAAAAGUUUAAAACGUCCAAGAGCAAUUGUUGUCCAUCCUAAUAAGGGUUAUAUCUUUUUCUCGGAAUGGGAAAGACCAGCCAAUAUUUCACGAGCUUAUCUUGAUGGUACCAAUGUAAUGGUUUUCCGAGGUGUACUUCUUGGUUGGCCUAAUGGAUUAUCAAUAGAUUAUCAAUAUGAUCGACUCUAUUGGUGUGAUGCUCUUCUUGACCAUAUUCAACAUGCUAAACUUGAUGGUUCCGAUGUUAAGACAAUCUCUUCACCAAGGAUUAAACAUCCAUUUUCAAUUGUUAUUCACAAUGAAUGGCUUUACGUUACCGAUUGGAGACUUGAUGCAAUUUUACGAAUGAAUAAAGUCAAUGGUUCUAAUGAAAUGAUUGUUCGAACCGUUGAGGAACACAAUCGAUUAUAUAGUAUUAAAAUGUUCAGCAAGAGUAAUCAAGAGAUUGAUGCUCGUCAUCCAUGUCUCACCAAUAACGGUAAAUGUCAAAAGUUUUGUUUCGGUGUACCAUCAAAUACAACCGAUUUUGGUCUAGAAGCAAAAUGUGGAUGUCCCUAUGGGGAAAAGCUUUCCGGUGAUGGUAUUAGUUGUGCUUCUAAUCCCGAUAGUGAACCACCAGUUCGACCUUGUCCAAAUAGUUGGGAUUUUACCUGUAACAAUCAACGGUGUAUUCCGAAAACUUGGGUUUGCGAUGGAGAUGAUGAUUGUUUAGAUAAUUCAGAUGAACAACAGAAUUGUACCCAAUCAUCUUGUUCCGCUAAAGAGUUUGCCUGUGCCUCAGGUCGAUGUAUACCUUUAACCUUUCGCUGUGAUGGUGAUAAUGAUUGUGGCGAUUUCUCAGAUGAACAACAUUGUCCGAAUGUCACUUGUGGUGCUAACGAAUUUGCUUGUGAAAAUGGUCGGUGUAUUCCCUCUUCAUGGAAAUGUGAUUCUGAAAACGAUUGUGGCGAUGGUUCAGAUGAAGGUGAUUCUUGUCAAGAAAAAACUUGUGCCUAUUAUCAAUUCACUUGUCCAGGUAGAUCUCAAUGUAUUCCUCAAUCAUGGAUAUGUGAUGGUGACAAUGAUUGUUUUGACCAAGCGGAUGAGCAAAAUUGUCCCUCUGUCACUUGUCUUUCUCAUCAAUUUCAAUGUGCUAACGGGAAACAAUGUAUCCUUGAAUCUUAUCACUGUGAUGGUGUCGCUGAUUGUAAUGAUGGUUCAGAUGAAAAGGGUUGCCCCUCACUUGCACCCAAUCAAUGUGACACCGAGAAACAUUUCAAGUGUGAAAAUUCAACCUUCUGUCUACCCAAAACAUGGUAUUGUGAUGGUAAUUAUGAUUGUGAGGAUGGUUCAGAUGAACCAUCAACGUGUGAUUUAGUUGAAUGCCCACCGAAACAUUUUAAGUGCAAUAAUUCAAAGUGCAUCUUUAAAUCAUGGAUUUGUGAUGGUCAAGAUGAUUGUGGUGAUGGUUCCGAUGAGGAUCAUCGUCAUGCUUGUGGUUCAGCUCCAUUUUAUUGUCCAGCGGGUCAAUGGUUGUGUCCAAAUGUCACGGAAACUUGUAUCGAUUUUGAUAAAGUUUGUAAUGGUAAAGAAGAUUGUCCCAAUGGUUCCGAUGAAGGUCCAGCCUGUGAACUUGAUCCAUGUUCAGCCAUGAAUAAUUCAACCUUAAAAUGUGCCUACAACUGUACAGCAACUCCUUUAGGUGCCGUUUGUACCUGUCCACCAGGUCAAAGGUUAAAUGAUACCCUAACCUGUAUUGAUAUUGAUGAAUGUGCAAUACCAGGUAAAUGUUCACAAUUUUGUGAGAAUGUUAAAAGUUCCUAUAAGUGUUAUUGUGACGCUGGAUAUGAGGCUGUUCAUCCAUUCAAAAAUACAACUGACCAUGGUUUCGUUCAUGGGGCAAGUUGUAAAGCCCUUAAUCGUACCUUGGCCUAUUUGGUUAUCUCUAAUCGUCGAUCAAUUCUCAUCUCAAAUCUUAAUACAACUUCACUUGAAAGGAUUCCCGUUAGGGUAGAAAAUGUUGUCGCAACUGCAUCCGAAAUGGCCACUGGUACAAUCUAUUGGUCUGAUAUGCAUGCUAAGAAAAUUUUCCGUCUCACCAAAGGUUCAAAUGAGGCUGAAGUAGUUGUCGGCUCAGGUCUUGAUCUGGUUGAAGGUUUAGCGGUUGAUUGGAUUGCUCGUAAUCUUUAUUGGGUUGAUUCAAAAUUGAAAACCAUUGAAGUGUCAACAUUAGAUGGUAAAAAUCAUGUUAUCCUUGUUUCCCAGAAUAUUAGUCAACCAAGAGGAAUAUCACUUGAUCCUCGUGAAGGAUCACGGGUACUCUUUUGGACUGAUUGGGGUGAAAAUCCACGAAUAGAGAGAAUCGGAAUGGAUGGUAAUGAACGUAAAGUUAUCAUUGAUACCAAAAUUUACUGGCCCAAUGGAUUAACUAUUGACAUACCCACUCGAAGAGUUUAUUUUGCUGAUUCCAAAUUGGAUUAUAUUGAUUUCUGUGACUAUGAUGGUAAAAAUAGGCAACAAGUUCUAGCCCAUAAUCAUUACCUACUUCAUCCUCAUUCAUUGACAGUUUUUGAAGAUACACUUUACUGGACUGAUCGUCAAUUAAAUCGAGUCCUUUCUUGCCAUAAAUAUCGAGGUCUUAAUCAAACUGUUGUCUCUCAUUUGGUCUCACAACCUUUGGGUAUUCAUGUUAAUCAUCCUAUUCUCCAGCCCAAUUCAUCUAAUCCUUGUGCCAAGUCACCAUGUUCACAUUUAUGUUUACUUUCACCCAAACCUGAAGGAUUUACCUGUAAAUGUCCACCAGGUUAUGCAACUGACCGUUCAGCUAAUCCAGGUCGUUGUAUACCAAUUGAGGUUCCCUAUUUAAUGGUUAUGAAAGGAUCACAAAUUGUUGAUGUUCAAUUAACACCAACCGAUACAACAACAGGAUAUUUUACUCCAGUUAUUGGUGUUGAAAAUGGUUAUGAUUUUGAUUAUGAUAAAAAAGAGGGUUACAUUUAUUGGAUUCAAUCAAAAGAUGAAACUCGUGAAAAUAGUACCAUUUUCAAGGUGAGCCUUAAAGGCGGUAAUCAAACGGCUUUCCUAGCUGAUGGUAUCGCUGGGUCACCUUAUUCAAUUGCUUUCGAUUGGAUUGGUCGUAAUAUUUACAUUGGUUCAAUUAAAACAUCAAGUAUUGCCAUAAUUAAAGCCGAUGGUGAUAAAAAUUUCCGACGGGUUAUCCUUUCAAACGAUGGUACUCCAAACGGUGUUGGUAAACCUAAAAGUAUCGCUCUAGAUCCGACCUCUGGUUCAAUCUAUUGGCUUGAUGAGGGUGGUUUCAUGGUACCAACGAAAAUCGGUAAAGCAAACAUGGACGGAACCAAUUCAACGAUAUUGGUCAAAGAUGGACUACUUAAUGUUGAAGCUUUGACCAUUGAUAUUGCUAAUAAACGUUUAUACUUUUCCCAAAGUUCACCAGGAAUAAUUCAAUCGGUUGACCUGGAAGGACGUGAUCGUCAAAUUAAAAUCAAUUCAUCUAUCGAUAAACCUCAAGGUUUAUCUGUUUACAACAAUCGUCUCUAUUACCUUGAUUCAACUUACGAAAGGAUUGUCCGAGUUAAUUUACCUUCUUGUAACAAUUCACUUUUCCUUGAAGAAAACACUCCAAAUUUAAGGAACCUUAAAAUUUACGCUAAAAGACCAGGAUUAGAUAAUCAUCCCUGUCAAAUUGCCAACGGUGGUUGUCUUCAUGUUUGUGUACCAAUGGCUAAUAAACAGCGUCGAUGUCUUUGCAGUACUGGUUAUAAAAGUUCUGGUGAAACAAGUUGUGAGGUUUACAAAUCAUUUGCCGUUGUUUCAUCAUUAACUAAACUUCAAGGAUUCAGUUUGGAAGAUCAUUCUGAAGCUAUGCAACCCGUUUCCGGAGUUGGACAUAAUAUACUUCAUGUCGAUGUUCAUGUGGCUAAAAAUACCAUCUAUUGGAUUGAAUUUAAUCCCGGCGGAUUAAAUGGUAUUUUCUCAAUUAAACCUGAUGGAACUGAUAAGAAGCAAAUUAUCUCGGAUGGAAUUGGUUCUAAUGGUAUUAGAGGAUUAGCGAUUGAUUGGAUUGCGGGUAACAUGUAUUUCACCAACGUUUUCCCCCAUGAAACUUAUAUUGAAGUUUGUUGGCUCGAUGGUUCAAAUAGAAUGGUCAUUUUGAAGACAAUCACUGAUACUCCUAGAGAAUUGGCAGUUAAUCCAAUUAAAAAGUACAUCUACUGGAUUGACCAUGGACAAUUUCCAAAAAUUGAGAGAGCCCUUCUUGAUGGUACCAAUCGAACCUCAAUUGUUUCAAGAGACAUUAAUAGCCCGAGAGAUUUAACUAUCGAUAUUGCAACUCAUGACAUUUAUUGGGUCGAUUCAAAGUUUGAUGCUGUUCAAAAGAUUUACUUUAACGGAGGUCGACGACAAUAUAUUGUUAGGGAUAUCCCAUCACCUUAUGGAAUCGCUAUUAAUGGUGCUUCUGUUUAUUGGGUUGAUCGUAAUUUGAAAACCAUUUUUAGAGCAUCUAAAUUUGCCUCACCCAAUGGUACCAAUCAAUAUGAGUCAAUUAAAUCAAAUCUUGAUACUUUGAGAGAUAUUGUUGUCUUUGAUGCCAAAAAUCAACCAACUGGAGAUACACCUUGUUCUCGUAAUGGUGUUUGUGAUCAAUUGUGUUUUGCUAAACCUGAAGGAUAUUUACCAUCUUGGAGUUGUGCUUGUGCCUCGGGGGUUUUAGCUCCUGAUGGUAAAAGUUGUGUCUCCGUUAAGGAAUAUCUUGUUUUUACCACUCGACGGGAAAUACGUUCUGUUCAUCUUGAUCCAAAACAAUCAGGUUCACCAUUUCAACCUCGUGUUAACAUGACAAACGUUGUUGGUUUAGAUUUUGAUUAUAGUGAUAAGAAACUUUUAUUCACUCAAAUAAGACCCGAUGGAAGUAUCUCUUGGCUUGAUAUCGAGAAACCCGAUGAUGUCCAUACCAUUUUACAGAAUAACAUUAAUCCCGAAGGAAUUGCCUACGAUUGGACAAGUAAAAAAAUCUACUGGACCGAUUCGGCUAAUCGAAGCAUCUAUGCAAUGAACAUGGAUGGAUCUCAGAUUGUGAUGAUCGUACGAGUUGAACGACCUCGAGCGAUCGUUGUUGAUCCUUGUUCGGGUUAUCUUUACUUUACCGACUGGGGACGUUUUGGAAAUUCGGGUAAAAUUUAUCGAACCACAAUGGCGGGUAAUUUUAAGAAGGUGAUCAUUGGAAAUAAUUUGACGCAACCCAGUGGAUUAGCGAUUGAUUAUGAUGAGAAAAAAUUGUAUUGGACUGAUGCAUUGAGAGAGAAAAUUGAAAGAUCCGAUUUAGAAGGUAACAAUCGUGAGGUGCUUCGUCAAGCGACAAUCUAUCCGUUUGCAAUUACCGUUUUUGGUAAUUACAUUUAUUGGACUGAUUUACAAUUACGAGGUGUUUAUCGCGCUGAAAAACAUACCGGUGCUAAUAUGAUUGAAAUGGUUAAACGAUUGGAAGAAUCACCUCGAGAUAUUCAUGUUUUCUCACCUGAUCGACAAAAAUGUGACAAUAAUCCAUGUAUGAUUAACAAUGGUGGUUGUACUGAUUCAUGUCACCAAGCACCCAAUGGUACAGUUGAAUGUCGCUGUAAUACUGGCUUUAAAGUGGCCAAUGAGGGUCGAAUGUGUGUUCCUAAUAAUGUUACUUGUGAUCCAACUAAAUACGCUUGUGCCAAUGGUAAAUGUAUACCAAGACUUUGGGCCUGUGAUGGUGAUGAUGAUUGUGGUGAUAAAACUGAUGAGGAUAAAAACUUUUGUACCUUCCAUACCUGUGGACCAAAUGAGUUCCGAUGUGGAAACGGAAGAUGUAUAUUUAAAACAUGGAAAUGUGAUCAUGAAAAUGAUUGUGGCGAUGGAACUGAUGAAGAAGACUGUUCUUAUCCACCCUGUGCUGAUGGUGAAUUUACCUGUGCUAAUUCAAGGUGUAUUCCUCAGUCUCAAGUUUGCAAUGGUAUCAAUGAUUGUAAAGACAAUAAAACCUCAGAUGAAAGUUUAGAACAUUGUCCAAAAAAUCGUACCUGCCCAGGUAAUCAUAUUCCAUGUGCAAAUACAAACAUUUGCGUUGAACCUUAUUGGCUUUGUGAUGGUGAUAAUGAUUGUGGUGACAAUUCUGAUGAAGAUAAGGUUGCCUGUGCCUCUCGAACUUGUCCACAGAAUAGUUUCCGUUGUCCAAAUCAUAGGUGUAUUCCUGCAACUUGGCAUUGUGAUGGUGACGAUGAUUGUGGUGAUAAAGCAGAUGAACCGGAAGAUUAUUGUAAAAGUGAUAAGCGUACCUGUUUCGGUGAUUUAUUCACCUGUGACAAUGGUAAUUGUAUACCAAGAAUUUAUCUUUGUGAUGGAGACAAUGAUUGUUUAGAUAAUUCAGAUGAAGAUGUAAGACAUCAAUGUGACACUCGAACCUGUGAUCCAGAUCGUGAAUUUACCUGUACACAAAAUAAAAACUGGGGUAGAGCUCAAUGUAUACCUAAAAGGUGGAUAUGUGAUGGAGAUCCUGAUUGUGUUGAUGGGGCAGAUGAAAAUACAACUUUACACAAUUGCCCACCUCCUGAGCCUUGUGAUACGGAUCAAUAUCGUUGUAAUAACAAUCGUUGUAUCAAUAAAGAAUGGGUUUGUGAUCAUGAUAAUGAUUGUGGCGAUGGUUCAGAUGAACCGAGAAAUUGUACCUUCCGAGCCUGUACUUCAGAUGAAUUUUCCUGUAAUAAUAACAAAUGUAUUCGUCUUACCUAUUUUUGUGAUGGUGAAGAUGAUUGUGGUGAUAAUUCAGAUGAAACCGGAGAAAAGUGUAAAAAAGAACCGGUCACUUGUGCCCCAGGACAAUUUAAAUGUAAAAAUGAUGCCUGUAUACCUUAUGAAAGAGUUUGUAACAAACAAUUGGAUUGUUCUGAUGGUUCAGAUGAACCUGCUCAUUGUGGUGUUGAUGAAUGUCUUAAGGUGGAAACAAAUCAAUGUGAACAUAAAUGUGUCAAUACACCAACAAGUUUCUACUGUGAAUGUAAUGAAGGUUAUCAAUUAAUGAAGGAUGGUAAAGCCUGUGAAGAUAUUGAUGAAUGUCGCCAAGAGAAGGGAAAAUGUAGCCAAUUUUGUUUCAAUACUCCAGGAUCGUUUUACUGUAAAUGUAAUGAAAAUUAUUAUGAACGAGAACGAGAUGGCCGAUCAUGUAAACGUCGAGAUGCAGUUAAACCUUGGUUGGUGUUUUCAAAUCGUUAUUAUCUUCGUAACAUGUCAACCGAUGGAAAGGAAUAUAAUCUAAUUAAAAUGGAUCUGAAAAAUGUUGUCGCUCUUGAUUUUGAUUAUUCAGAGGAAAGGUUAUAUUAUGCCGAUGUUGGUAAUAAAACUAUUAACCGAAUCUUUAUUAAUGGUACUAAAGAUGAGAAUGUUGUCCGUCAUGAGGCUCAUGGUCUUGAAGGAUUAGCUGUUGAUUGGAUUGGAAGGAAAUUGUAUUGGCUUGAUCGAACCAGUAAACAUUUAGAUGUUUCCGAACUUGAUGGUCGACAUAGGAAAACAAUUCUCGGCGGUGGUAUGACUGAUCCUCGAGCGGUAGUUGUCCAUCCAGGUAUUGGUUACCUUUUCUUUACCGAUUGGGGUCACCAUGCGUUCAUUGGUAAACUUGGUAUGGAUGGAUCAAAUUUCACUCGAAUUGUUUUGUACACGGAAAAAUUGGUCUGGCCUAAUGCUCUGGCUAUCGAUUAUUUUAGUGAUAAAAUUUUCUGGGCUGAUGCUCAUUUGGAUUAUAUUGAAUACUCUGAUUUUAAUGGUAAAUUCCGACAUCAAGUACUUUCCGGUCCUUCGGUUCCUCAUGUUUUCGCGCUUUCUGUUUUCGAUGAUUGGCUUUAUUGGACUGACUGGAAUAUCAAGGCUGUUAUUCGAGCUCAUAAGUUUACUGGAGAAGGUCUUGAAGUGCUGAGAAACACAUCUCAUCGUCCUUAUGAUCUUCAUAUUUAUCAUCCGCUUAAACAAUUACCUUAUCCUAAUCCUUGUGGUAAUACCAAUGGUAAUUGUUCACAUCUUUGUCUAAUUGCUCCUGGUUCAACGGUUGAUUCAACAACCUACAAAUGUGCCUGUCCGGAUAAUUUUAUCCUUGCCGCUGAUAAUAAAACUUGUUUCGCCAAUUGUACCAAAGGCCAACAUCGAUGUGGUCAUCCAGAUGAAAUUUGUGUCCCUAUUUUCUGGACCUGUGACGGUGAAAAGGAUUGUAUGGAUGGUUCAGAUGAACGUAAUUGUCCACCAUUUAUUUGUAAAAAGGGAAUGUUCCAAUGUAAAAAUAAUCAAACUUGCGUCUCACGAAUUCGUAUUUGCGAUGGAAUCAACGAUUGUCCCGAUAAAUCUGAUGAAAGUUUCUGUGAUCAUCAUUGUGGUGAACAUAGUUUCAAGUGUAAAUCAACUGGUCGAUGUGUUCCCGAUUCAUGGCAAUGUGAUGGUGAUGAUGAUUGUUCAGAUGGUUCUGAUGAAGCACCAGAACAUUGUCACCAUCGAGAAUGUGAUUCAGCCACACAAUUUCAAUGUCGAAAUGGUAAAUGUAUUCCUAAACUUUGGUAUUGUGAUUUUGAUGAUGAUUGUGGAGAUGAUUCCGAUGAACCUGCUCACAUUUGCCGUAAUCGUAAUUGUACAACGGGAUGGAAAAAGUGUCCCACUCGUAAUAACUAUCGUUGUAUACCCAGUUGGCUAUUCUGUGAUGGUAAAGAUGAUUGUCGAGAUGGUUCAGAUGAGAAUAAUCCAGAAUAUUGUCCAAAAUGUUCCGAAACUGGUGACUUUAAAUGUGGAAAUGGCCGAUGUAUUCCACUUCGUUGGAGAUGUGACUUUGAAGACGAUUGUGGUGAUAAUUCAGAUGAAGAUCCUAAAAAGUGUACUGACCUUUAUCGAGAUUGUUCCGAAAGUGAAUUCCAAUGUGGAACCAAAAAGUGCAUUCCCUCAAGAUGGAGAUGUGAUCAUGAUGAUGAUUGUGAGGAUGGUUCCGAUGAGAAAGAGUGUCAAGAUUAUAAAUGUAAAGAAGAUCAAUUUAAAUGUAAAAGUGGACAUUGUAUAUCAUCAAAAUUGGUUUGUGAUGGUCAUAAGGAUUGUCGUGAUGUAUCAGAUGAAAUGAAUUGUCCAACUCGAUAUCCAGGUGGACGUUAUUGUCCCGCAAAUCAAUUCCAAUGUAAUAACACCGUUUGCCUGAGACAAGAUUUCCUUUGUGAUGGAGAUGAUGAUUGUGGUGAUAACUCUGAUGAAGAUGAAUCGGUUUGCUCCAAUUUUACCUGUGAUGUGACCCGAAAAUUUCAGUGCCAUAAUAACAAAUGUAUACCCUUGUGGCAAAUUUGUAACGGUGAUGAUGAUUGUGGUGAUGGAUCAGAUGAAAAUAAUCAUACUCUUUGCCGUAAAUGGCCAGUCCAUUGUUUACCUAAUCAAUUCAAGUGUGCCAACGAUCAAUGUGUACCAUUGGAAAAAAUUUGUGACCAUUCAGAUGAUUGCGGGGAUGCUUCCGAUGAGAGAGGUUGUCAUACAGGUGAAUGUACACCAACUCACCGAGGUGGUUGUGCUCAUAAUUGUACCUCUGUGGGGGAAGGUGGUUACAUUUGCAUUUGCCCUCGAGGUUAUCGAAUCUCAUCUAAUAAUACCAAAGCAUGUGAAGAUAUUGAUGAAUGUUCAACGUUUGGUCACAAUUGUUCACAAAUUUGUAACAAUUUUGAAGGUUCCUAUGGGUGCUCAUGUAAACCAGGUUUCAAAAUGUUUGAUGAAAAGUGUGCAGCAAUUGGUCAUCCAGCGGUCAUCAUGAUUGCUAAUGGUUUAGAUAUCAGAGCCAUUGACAAUUCUCAGCAACAUCAAUCGUCACUUAUCGCGGGUGAAAGUCGCAUUCAAGCAUUAGAUUAUGAUCCAGGAAAAGAUUUAAUGUACUGGACCGACUCAUAUGAGAAGACCAUUAAAAGAUCAUUUAUCCCAGAUCCUCUUGAUCGUGAUCAUGGUUUGGGAUUCUCACAGAAUUUACAACUUAAAAGUUCAACUAAAUUAAGUGAUAUUGCUUUUGAUUGGAUUGGAGGAAACUUGUAUUGGAUGGAUGUUGAUCUAUCGGGUACUAAACCGAAAGGCAGGAUACUCACCAGUCGAGCUGAUGGUCGUUACCGUAAAGUUAUUGUAAACGCGUUGGAAAGGCCAACAUCCUUGGCACUGGAUCCAGAAAGAGGUCUAAUGUUCUGGGCUGAUGCUGGAUCAUCUCCCAAAAUCGGUGUCUCCUGGAUGGACGGUACCAAAGGAUCGGUCAUUGUAUCAGAACGACUUGGUAUUCCUUCAGGAUUGGCUAUUGACUAUGAAGCGGAUCAUCGGUUAUAUUGGUGUGACUCUAAAUUUAAUACAAUUGAAACAAGUAAACAAGAUGGAAGCGAUAGAGUAAUUAUUUUGAAAGGUGAUCUACAACAUCCGAUUAGCAUUGAUCUAUUUGAAGAUCAAGUUUACUGGGUGACCAAAGAUACUGGUGAAGUUUACAGGCAAGAUAAAUUUGGACGUGGGGUUAAGGUUCGCGUAAAGAGAGGGUUAGAACAUGCUACCGAUAUAAAAAUCUACCAAGAAAAGAAGUACAAUACAUCAGCUCCCAAUCCAUGUAAACCAACAACUUGUUCACAUUUAUGUCUAAUAAUACCAAGAGGAUAUCGAUGUGCAUGUCCAGACGGAAGCUCAGGUCCAACCAGUUCAACGGGUCAUUGUAACAUUGGAUUUGAAAACGUUUACGCUGAACCAUACCGAUGCCCAUGUCGAAACGGAGGUUACUGUGAUAAAGAUACCGUCACAUUAUGUAAAUGCUCACCCAACUUUGAAGGGCCACAUUGUGAAACAAGGGUUGACAAAUAUCCCAUCAGUGGACCAUCAGCAAUAUUUGCUAACAUCAUUUUACCCAUUCUGCUGGUUCUCAUUGCAUUGGCUUUAGCCUCAGGGUUAUUCCUAUUCUUCAAGAAACGAAACUUUAAACCUGGAUUCAAGAACCAAAGUGUAUCUUUCCGAAGUGGUACCAAUGUUGAAUUUUCAAGUCCAACGUUCAUGCACAAUGGGCCUCAUGAAAACACCAAUGGGUAUCUAUCUUUUCAGGAACCAUUGGACAGUGAAUUUCACCUUGGAACCAUAAAAACGACCGAUUUUAGUAAUCCAAUGUACGAAGCUCUUGGAAAUGGAGGUGAAGGAGCUAAACAAAGUAGUACCACCGAAGAAACCUCAGUAUCUAAGCAACAAGUUGGACUUUAUGAGAUUGCUGAUGAUAUUUUAGAGAAAAAGUUACCGGAAGAACAUGUCUAUGAAAGUCCACCUUCACUUGGAUCAGCUGUUCUAUCGCCAUCAAGUAUAGUCCAUCGAUCAUCACCACAAGUACACAUAAGACAAACGGCACUUAAUCCGACCUCCGUUGAUACAGAUAAUGAUAAACAGCAACUUGUGGAAGAAGAUAAAUCUGAAUGUUAACAAGAAAACAUGUUAUUUAAAUUUUGUGAUGAUAUAGUAUUUUAUUAAUAUUACAAUUAUUAUUAUUAACUAUUGAUUAUUAUCAUAUAAUUAGAGUUGAUUAUGUGAAGAAAUUAAUUUUCCAGAAAGAGAGAGAGAGAGAAAAGUUCAGGAACUCAAAAAACAAAGUGAGAUAUACUAUAGUAUAAUUUUUCAUUAACAAAACUAAUCAAUUAACUAUUUUUUUUCUCAAUCUUAAUCAAUAUUAUUAUAUAAAUAGACAGAUUUCUAUUAUAAUUAUGAUACAAAGCUGGAAAACAUUGACAAGAUGCAACAUUAAUUAGCGUAAAGAGAAAAUAGUUAAUAAUAUUUAUUACAAUAUGUUGUGUUGAAUGAAUUUUUGAACAAUCAAUGUCUCUUGGUGCUAAUUAGACAUUUAAUUUUGAUGAUUUCUCUCUCAAUUCAUAUCAUUCCUUUUCCAAUCAAUCAAUCGUUUUCCAAUCAUCUUCCACAUGGAUGAUAAGUUGUUCUCCAUUCCAUUCAACACUUUCUCCACUGUCUCUCUCUCUCUCUCUCUCUCUCCGCCGCUCUCUUUGUUUUCCAUCUUAAUCCUGGUCAUCUUAUUCAUCGAACCAGUGAUAACAAGCGACCAUCAUCAUCAUCAUCAUCAUCAUCAUCGUCUCCAUCUUCAUCUUCAUCUUCAUAAUCAUCAUCUCCUUUCUUGAUAUCUGUUUAUUGAAUCUCUUCAUCUUUCUUGCUCAUCAUCUUCAUCUUCGUCAUCUUCAUCUUUCAACCAUUAACCAAUUAUUUCACCAUUUGAUUUUGGAAUCAAAUUAAUCAACUUAUUUCCUCUCCUAAUCAUCCAUAGAGAUUUAAUCAACAUCAACGAUCUUCUCAACAUUACUGACAUUGAUUAACUAACUAAUAAUUACCUUUUGUAAUUGAUAUAUACAUACACUAAUUAAGAGGAAUAACAAUUUAAAGUGAUCAUCAUUCAAACUCCCACAUCAAUAAGCAAUCAAUUGAAAUACCAUGAAAUUUUAAUAAUAACAACAACAAUAAUAAUAAUAGGAACAUGAAUCAAUCUAAUUAUAUAGCACCAAUUUUUGAUAAAUCAACUGAGGAUUUAUCAGUAAAUUAAUUGUAAAAAGCAAAUUAAUUACUUCUAAUGCAAUUUUUUUUGUAAAACUUUAUUAUUAUAUAAUUGAAAUACCGUUAACAACACCACUCAAACCUUAUCAAGUCCUCCUACUCUCUCCCACCAUACUAAUUGUAAUGUAAUCAACUGAGCAAUUACCCUUAAUUGCUACACUUUAACAUUGAUUAUUAUGAAAACUAUUUGAAUCAAUUGACAAAAACAAACAACAACAACAUCCCAUCAUUGAUAAAAUUGAUAUAAAUUGUGAUAAAAUGUUUUUAUAUUAAAAAAAAGACUACAACAAA